AUGGCGGACUCGCUGGGCUCCGCUCACGUCGCCGGAGCCGGAGCUGCUGCUGCGGGGCUCGUCUCCGCCAAGAGCCCGCCCAGCAAGGCGGCUCCUGCCCGGGACUUCAACCCGCAGCCGCCGCCCAAGAGGACCCGAGUGGAGGACCGCAGCGUGAAGCCCAAGAAAGUGAGCAGGGACGCGGGAGUGGGAGGCACCGGUGGCGGCAGAGAGAAGCUCCAGCUGCCCGGGAAGCAGCGGCGGAGCUCCGGCAGCAGCCCGGGGGAGUGGAGCCGCGGCGGGAACCCUCCAGCCCCGGCCACCGGCGCGAACCCUCCGGCCCUGUCCACCGGCGGGUCACACACACACACAAACACACACAAAGUGUUCAAACAGAGCGACUUCUUCCUCCGCAAAGCGACGUCCUCCUCCUGCAGAGCCAAGAGGAGCAGAGAGAAACAGCGGGAGAGGAGCGAGAAGGUUCCUGGAGGAGGCGCGGAGCAGCAACAGGAGCAGCAGGAGGAGGAGAAGAAGGAGGAGGAGGAGGAGGAGAAACACAAAGUGAUGGGGACCUCCGGACCCGCGACCAACGACAACAACAACAACGACACCAGCAAAGCGAGCCCCCUGUCCGCGGUGAGGAGGGAGAACGGAGAGGUCACGCUGCCGCCCAAAGAGCACUCCACCAAGGACAAGGCGAAGGAGAGAGACCGAGAGGAGAGGGAGAUGAAGAAGGUCAAAGACAGAGAGAGGGAAAAAGAGAAGAAGAAGCACAAAGUGAUGAAUGAGAUCAAGAGGGAGAACGGAGAAGUCAAGCGGCCGAUUAAAGAUGAAAACGAAAAAGCCCAGGUCAACUCGGAGGAGCUGCAAAUCAAAAAAGUUAAGAAGAAAAAGAAGAAGAAACACAAAGAGGGGGAGAAGCACAAACGAGUGAAGAUGUACCACCGCUCCUGCCAGACCAUUUGUGCCGGCCUGCUUCUCCCCACCUCUUCUUCCUUAUCCACCGAUCACACGCACAAAUCCCCACUGUCUCCGUUCAAGAUGCCGCUGCCGGUUUACCACUCGCCGAACAACAAAACCUCACACGUGCCCUCCUCUCCUUCUCCUGCUUCUCUCGCCUCAAAACUCCUCUUAAGCGCCUCUCUUCAAAACAUGCCCAGCGAUCCAUUGUCCUCCAUCAAGGCGCCGCUCCCUCGGCCGACCAAACAGCAGCCGCAGGGCUCCUACCCCGGUAUGGAAGGUCUGGAGUUUGCUCCGUACAUCCACAUAGAGAACCAGCCAAACGGGGGGGCACUUGUGGCUCAUGCCUACACCUCACAGCUCUCCGCUCUGUCGAUGGGACAGAAGCAGAGAUUUGCCCAAGAGUUUGUCACCCUGGCGUUCAGCGAGGACUCGUCGCAGGCUGCUCAUUAUGUCAUGGGAAUCGUCCACGGAGAAGCCAGCUACCUGCCUGAUUUCUUGGAUUACUUCUCCACCAAAUUCCCGGCAGCUCCAGUCAAAAUGGAAAUACUGGCAAAGAAGGACAUAGAAACUACAACUAUGGCUAGUUUCUACUCUCAGGUGAAGAAGACGUACAGUCACGGUACCUACAGGGCCGGGGCCAUGAGGCAGAUCAGCCUGGUGGGAGCUGUGGACGAGGAGGUCGGGAAUUAUUUCCCAGAAUUCCUCAGCAUGCUGGAGGAGUCGCCCUUCCUGAAGAGGACCCUUCCAUGGGGGACGUUCUCCAGUCUGCGGCUGAUGAGUCCCAAAGACAGUGACGACGGUCCCAUAAUGUGGGUCAGACCCGGCGAACAGAUGAUACCUUUGGCUGAUAUACCAAAGUCCCCGUUUAAAAGAAAGCGCUCCACCAACGAGGUGAAGAACCUGCUGCAAUCACUGCCCAGGACCAGCGAGCCCAGAGAGAUGCUGUUUGAGGACCGGACUCGGGCCCACGCCGAUCACAUCGGUCAGGGCUUCGAGCGUCAGACCACAGCGGCCGUUGGCGUGCUGAAGGCUGUGUGCGCCGGAGAGGGCUCGGAGCCUCCUCGUGUUACCAAAGACGUUGUGUGUUUCCAUGCUGCUGAUUUCCCUCACGCAGUUCAGAGGCUGCAGUUGGACCUACAUGAACCCCCGCUGUCUCAGUGUGUGCAGUGGGUAGAUGAUGCCAAACUAAACCAGCUGCGUCGCGAGGGCAUCCGCUACGCCCGCAUCCGCCUUAGCCACGAUGACAUCUACUUCAUCCCCCGCAACGUGGUCCACCAGUUCAAGACCGUAUCUUCCGUCUGCAGCCUGGCGUGGCACGUCCGCUUAAGGCAGUACCAUCACGGAGAGGAAGAAGAAGAGGACGAGGAGGAGGUGGAGGAGGAGGAGGAGGAGGAGGAGCAAGUUGAGUUGAAGAAAGCGGGGACAGAAUUGGUGGAGCUGUGGCAAAAACAGGAGGUGAGGAGAGAAAAGAAGGGCGAGAGAGUAAAGGAGAGGAUAAAAGAGGAGACAGAGGAGCAGGUGGAUGUGGCAGAAAUCAGGAUGUUGCCGGGUGUCAAAAAAGAGGAGCAGCAUCUUCACCAUCCUCAUCCUCAUCGUCAUCCUCCACCUGUGUUGCCUCAGCCCGCUCGCCCAGUGGACUCAAAAGUGGGCGGUGCUAGAGUUAAAGAGGAGGAGACAGAGAGGGUGAAAGAAAGACGGAAACACAAACAGCAGGAUUCACUUCCUGUGAAGGUGAAGACUGAACCUCCAGCUCCUCCUCUCUGCAAAAAUAAAUCACCAUCGCCUCUUCCUCUUCCUCUUCCUCCUCCCGCCUCUCUUGAUCCUCUAAAACCCAAAGCAUCAUUGAAGCCCCGACAUCAUCAUCGUCAUCACCACAACCACCAUCACCACCAUCACUCAGACAGCAGAAUGACGUCUUCCAGUGCAGCGCCCUCUUCCUCCUCUUCUUCUCCAUCUUUGUCUAAGUUUUCCUCCUCUCCUGCGCCACCAGCAGGAUCCGUUGAUCCACUGCGCUCCUCUUCCUCUUCUAGUUCUACUUCGGUCCCUGUUCUGUCCUCCUCUGCGUCCACAUCUUCGCUGACGAGUCCCAAGCCGACGGUGGAGUCUCGCCUUUCCUCGCUCCUUCCUUCCACUUUGUCUUCCCAGCCGCCUCCCUCCUCUCAGUCAGGACCACCAACGAAGCGGGACUCGCAUCGUCCGAAGCCAGACGUUCAUUCAAACACACGGACACCAACGCAGUCAGAGGUCCGAGCACUCGCUGCCAAUGUACAGACCCACACGCCCCAAUUCGACACAAGGACACACACCACAGCCGAUGCACGGGAUCAAACACCGGCGCUCACACGGACUCAAACGCUCCCAGAGAAAUGGACUCACGGUUUGGACUCUGACUCGAGGAUGCCACAUGACACGGGGGGGCAAGGGGUUUACCUGCAGCAAUACGCAUCCCAGCAUCUCCCUGCUCCUCACCUCCCUCAAACCCUCCCGCCCUCCUUCUCCCACCUCCUUCCACACUCCCACCAUGCUCACAGGCCGCCGAUCCUCCCGCCAAACCCACUCUCCAACCCCUCCCCCCCGAUGCAGCCGCAGGCGCUCAACUCGUUCCUGAGUCAGACGCAGACGCCGCAGACGCUCCACAUGAGCCAGCUUCACCUGCAUCCGCCGCACCAGCCGAACCUCCCCACCCAGUCCCAGCCGUACUACCAUCAGCCCACCCCCCUCACUAGCGCCCAGUCACUCCCCCCUCACCUCCCUCACCAUCACCAGUUCGCCAAGUCCUUCUUCCCUCCUCCCCAGCACCCGCACUUCGCCCCUCACCCCUUCCUCCCCCAUCACUCUUUCCCGCCGAGCUCUUACCCGCUACAGCCGCAGUACCAGACCUCAGCACCAGGGCCGGUUCCGCUCUCAAUGUCCUUCUCCCAUCCUCCCCCU